AUGACAGAUGCUAUUGAAGCAUUAGAAGAAUUAGGUACAUGUCUUGAAUCAAUUUGGCCAUAUGAUAUACCAAAUGUUAAUACACGUCCUAGUGAUCAAGCAUUUCAAAAAGCAAAAAAUCAUACAAUAAAUGAAGCACUUCGAAUUGAUAUUGAUUUAAAUGAAAUGAAAUCAUGUCUUGCACAAGGUUUUCCAUUUGGAUUUGGUAUUCAAUUAUUUAGUUCAUUUGAUAAUGCAAGCAAAACAGGAGUUGUACCAAUGCCAGAUCCAUCAGAUAGUAGUCGAGAAGCACAUGGAAGUCAUGCAAUGUUGGCUGUUGGUUAUAGUGAUCAAUCAAAAGCAUUUAUUGUUCGAAAUUCAUGGGGAGAAGAUUGGGGUGAUAAAGGAUAUUGUUAUAUUCCAUAUAAUUAUAUGACUAACCCAGAGUUUUGUUUCGAUGCAUGGACGAUUCGAAAAUUGAUGAAUGAUGAUUUUGGUCAAGAAAAUUGGUGUUUUGAUGAUUCUUAUAAUUAUCGUGAUGUUAAUCAUAAUAAUUAUUCUGAUGAUACGAAUGAUAAUGAUCAUGUUAUUGAAAAAUUAGAUGAAAAUGAUGAUACUGAAGGUUAUAAUAACAAUCAAGAUCUUUGGUGGAAUGAUAACAAUCAUGUAGGUGAUAAUUAUGAUUUUUCGUAUCAAUAUCAAACUGAUGAAACGAAUGAUUAUUCAAUAAAUGAUACUAAUUAUUAUGAUGAUAGAAGUCAAAAUAAUCAGGAUAGUUAUGUCAGCGAGGAUUGGAAUUCAGAUAGAAAUUAUUCAUAUCCACAAAAUAAUCAAUAUCGUAAUGAAAGAAAUUAUUAUGACGAUUUUUCGGAUUUUAAUUAA